CAGGACACCUCUCUAGCUAUUCCACAGCACCUGCCCUCCCAUUACCUGUCCAGACAGUAAUUGAUCAAUCUGCUCACUGGAUGCCAAUGCACUGCACAUAGUAAGAAAAGAUAAUCAGAAAGGGUUAUUCAGAACAAAAUGAAAUCUACAUGGGCGUUAAGAAUUCUUACUGUAAGUAUGCUUACACACUCACUGCCUGGACAAGAAUUAACCCUAAUGGAUGAAGAAGAUUCUCUAGCAGGUUGCAGAACUGCUGUGAAUGAUCUAGUCUUCAUUGUUGAUGGAUCCUGGAGUGUUGGUUACACUGACUUUGACACUGCUAAGAGCUGGUUGGUAAAUGUAACAAACAGUUUUGACAUUGGCCCCGCAUAUACUCAGGUGGCUGUGGUGCAAUACAGUGAUGCACCCCGACUAGAAUUCCCUCUUGGGCAGCAUCGUACAAACCAGCAACUCAUCAAUGCACUGAAGAGCAUGAAAUAUUUGGGUGGAAAUACUCAGACAGGACGUGCAAUAAAAUUUGCAACAAAUAAUGUCUUUACCACAUCGCAAAGGACUAAUGUUGCAAAAAACAGAAUUGCUAUAGUGGUUACAGAUGGGAAAUCUCAAGACGAUGUUGUUGAGCAGGCUAUGGAAGCCAAGGCACAGAAUAUCGUUAUGUUUGCUGUUGGAGUUGGAUCGGAAAUCACCACAUCAGAACUGGUGACCAUUGCCAAUAGUCCUUCCUCGGACUAUGUUCUUUAUGCACAAGACUAUACAACCAUUGACAAGAUUAAAGAGACAAUGCAACAGAAGAUAUGUGAAGAGUCUGUGUGUCCUACGAGAAUACCUGUAGCAUCUCGUGAUGAAAAAGGGUUUGAACUGCUUGUGGGCAUGAAAAUUAAUAGCAAAGCUCAGACAAUACCAGGAUCAUUGACAUCAGAAAAAGCCUAUCUGAUCACACCAGAAGUGGACGUGACAGAAGAUACAAGAGACAUCUUCCCAGAAGGCCUUCCUCCAUCGUACGUUUUUGUGGCAACAAUACGAAUGAAGUCUCCUGUGACCAAUACAGUUACUGACCUUUGGCGAAUCUUGUCAAAAAAAGGGGAAGUUCAGGCAGCAGUAACACUAGAUGGAAACGAUAAAUCGGUGAUCUUUGCUUCAACACAGAUAAAUGCCAAUCCUCAAGUUAUUAACUUCAAAAACGAGAAAUUAAAGGCGCUUUACAAUGAGGAUUGGCACCAGCUGAAGAUCCUAGUAAGGAAUGAAAAUGCAAUCUUAUUUCUUGAUGAUGUUCUUAUUCAAAAUCAACCUCUAGAAGAAAAUGGCCCAAUAUUUAUUAAUGGCAAGACUCAAGUGGCGAAGGAAGAACAGUCCAACGUCUCCGUUACUAUGGAAAUACAAAAGCUGAGGCUGUAUUGUGAUCCAGAGCAGAGUGAGAGAGAGACAGCCUGUGAAAUCUACUCAGUCGUGAGUAUUAUUUGUCCUCUGGAGCGGGAGCAGCCUACAUCUUCAUGUGAUUGUCCAGAGGGUCAACCUGGUUCUCCAGGGGCUCCAGGACCAGAAGGCGACAAAGGACACAUAGGAGACCGAGGAUCCCCAGGAAUUGCUGGAAAGCCUGGAUUACCAGGUCCCCAGGGACCACCAGGAAUUCCUGGGUCUCCAGGACAAAAGGGUUCACAGGGACCACCAGGGCUUAAAGGUGAUCCUGGAUCCCCAGGCCUACAAGGACCACCAGGAAUUCGUGGAUCUCAAGGACAAACAGGGCCUAAGGGUUCAACUGGUUCCCCUGGACAAGCAGGGAUAUAUGGAAUUCCAGGAAAAAAGGGAAAUAAAGGCGAACAAGGAUCUAUCAGCCCUUCAGGGCAGCCAGGGCCAGCAGGAGAACCAGGGCCUCCUGGAAGACCUGGAGCUCAAGGACCUGCAGGAUCUAAGGGUGAUCAAGGUCAACCAGGUCAUCCUGGAGCAGAUGGAUCCCGUGGACUACCGGGAUUUCGGGGUCCGGUGGGUUUUCCCGGUGCAGCUGGCAUAAAGGGAGAAAGAGGUAUCCCAGGACCAAAAGGAACUAGCGGAUUUCCUGGCCUAAAGGGAGAUCGUGGACCUAAUGGACUUCGAGGAGCAGAUGGGGACCAUGGACAAAAGGGGAUUCAAGGAGACAAUGGAUUACCAGGACCUCCAGGGCUUCCAGGUAUAAAGGGUCAAAGAGGAGAUCAAGGAUUACCUGGUUUAGAGGGGCCAACAGGAAUGCCAGGAACCAAGGGGCAUAAGGGGGACAAUGGUGACGAUGGGGUAAAAGGAGAACAGGGAGACAAGGGAGAAGCUGGUCACCCAGGAAUUCCUGGUAUACGGGGUGAUGAAGGCAUUAAAGGAGCAAAAGGAGAGAAAGGUGAAACAGGUGAAGUUGGUGACUUAGGACCAGAGGGCAAGAAAGGAGAAAUCGGAAUCUCAGGACUUCUUGGACCCCGUGGCUUUCCUGGUGAAGCAGGACCGCAAGGACGAUCUGGAAUACCUGGCAUUCCUGGAAAACCUGGAAAAUCUAUAACAGAGGAUCAAAUCAUGAAGCUAUGUGGCAAUGUCUUGCAAGAACAGUUACCAGCAUUACUUCAGAGUAUGAAACCUACUUGUGCUCCAUGUGAAGGAAAGCCAGGACUGCCAGGGUUGCCAGGUAUUCAGGGUCGCACUGGUGAAAGAGGACCACCUGGAUAUCCAGGAAGGGGAGGAAGAUCGGGUUACCCAGGUCUUCGAGGAUUACCAGGUCCACAAGGCAUUAAAGGUGAAAUAGGACAAAAAGGUGAGAAGGGUUAUAGAGGAGAACGUGGCACAGGACAGCCAGGCCCCCCAGGACCUACAGGAUUGCCUGGAUUAAAUGGAAGUACAGGAGAAGGUAUGCCUGGUCCUCCUGGAAAUCCUGGUAAAAAUGGAAUGUCUGGUACCCCUGGUAAGCGAGGGUUACCUGGACCACCCGGAGUCUGUGACCUCUCAUCCUGCUUCUCUGCAUAUGGCAUAAGGGAUGAUCCUUUCAGGAAAGGACCAAACUUCUAAAUCAGGAAAAAUAUAUUCACUGCUAUAGUCUAUAAAUGAAUCCUGGUGACUCUCUCAGGAAAAUGAACUGGAGGCAGAGAUAGUUCUUACUUUGAUUUACAGCAGUGGUUUGUACAUAAUGCACCUUUGCACUGAGACUGUUUUCUUGCCUUUCUCAAAGUGUUUCAAAGAGCUGGAAAGACAUUGCUUUCUCCUAAACCAUACAUCGGACACAUGCCUCCAUCUCUCCAUAUGUGUUUUUUAAAAGUGCACUACCUGGACCUAUUGCUGUGCAUUGAAAAACAUUGUUAUUUGCUAAAUGCUUUGACACAAGCAAACUUCGUUAUCAAUAGGUAUGAGUUCAUUUACAGCCAUUACCUGAAAAUCACCAUUGUCUAAAUAUACAACAAACAUAUUUUAAGAAUACAACAGAAUACUUACAAUUCAUGUAAGUAAGGGAAACAACAACUUUAUUUAAAACUUAUUGGUAUUGCUGUUUUACUAUAUACUGAUUCCAUAUGUCAAAAUAUCAUACCUCCUAACUGUCCCUAUUUAGGAAAGACAGUACAUAUUUUCACCCAAAUUCCUCUGUUCCCUCUUUUCUAGGAGUUCCAUAUUGUUGGUGUGUCUGAGUGUAAAAAAUUGCUUCACAGCAAUAAAACUCACAGUUAUGUGUCUUUAAACUAUAAUAAAUAUAUUUAGGAUUGUCUGUGUAAAUAAGAUA